AUGCCUUCAACCAGGUCGCCCCCCGGAUUGCCAAAAGCAUGGCCGGGCAAUAUCAUAUAUCUGCAUGCUCCUUCGUACUCCAAAAAGCUCAAUGCAGUCAAGAUCAAGGCAUUGGUCUUGUCCAAAUCAGAGUUACCUCCUGACGCACAGGUCUACAAGACUAGUAGCCCGUCUACAAAUGUCAAGAUUACGCCAAUAACAGACUUUGUCCACCCCGCACAUGGCCAGAAUGGGCUCUUUGCUAACCAGCAUCUCCCACCAGACGCAUUCAUACUACCAUAUCUAGGCUAUGUCCACGAUCAAACUGACACAGACGAAACGUCCGACUAUGACCUAUCUCUAGAUCGCGAAUUGGGCAUUGGUGUCGACGCCACCAAGAUGGGAAACGAGUCGAGGUUUAUCAAUGAUUUUCGAGGUGUAUCUACAGCACCAAACGCCGAGUUCCGCGACAUCUACGUGGAUUCAGGGAAUGGGAAGGUGGAGAAGAGAGUGGGAGUGUUUGUCGUAAGCGCUGGCAAGAGUGGGAAACGAGCGAAAGGCAUCGGGCGUGGUCAGGAGAUGCUCGUCAGCUACGGAAAGGGAUUUUGGACCGAGCGACAAAAUGCUGAGAGAUAA